CAAGCCUCGCCCUGAGCCAAUCAAGAUACUGGGUGUAGAAGAUGUACAUCGCUGUUUCACAAUGGCCGUCCAAGCUGUUUGUGAUGCACCAAGAAUCAAGGCGAACAAGGCCAGCAAAGCGAACGUGUUCCAACGCACUGCUGACAUCAGCACCUGCCGUGACUGGCAAAGAGCGAUUUGGCUCCUUCAUGCAAUGCCCCAAGAGUUUGUGCGCCCGACGGUGGUGAGCUACAACGCCUCGUUGAACGUCAUUGCCUUGCAGGAAAGCUGGACACGUGCAAUACAGCUGUUGGUGGGUGUGCACGACAGUGCUCUUCGCUUGGACUCCAUCAGCCACAAUGCUGCACUGAAGGGUUACCAGGAUAACUGGGGCGCCGCAACAGAGCUUUUGCGAUCUCAGCAGGUGCAGGCUCUGAAGUCCGACACCAUUGCCUACAACGCCCUGCUGAAGACCUACAGUGCAGCAGGCCUGUGGAAGCUUGCCACAGAAAUCCUUGGGAACCUUCAGCGGCUGGGCACUGUGCAUGCGAUUCAGCCUGAUUUGAUCACCUUCAACACCUUGAUCAGCUCUUCUUCGAGAGGUUCUUGGUGGUUUCUGGCCCUCCACCAGUUGCAGAGGGCGAGCUUCUCCGCUGCGGUUACUGCCGAGAUGGGCCCUGGCCUCCGUGCAGCAGCGGGUGCUUGCGCACGAGGAGGUGUUUGGAUGAGGGCAAGCUCGCUCGUGGCUCGCAUGAAGGAGCUUCAUUUGCAGGUGAACCAGCUGGCCAUGGGUCAUGUGACUGGAAGCGCUGGUAGCACCUGGCGCAGGGCACAAUGGAUGGCAGAGCAGUUUCAUCCAGGUCGAAAAGAGAACCUGAUACUUCACAACUCGGUCAUGAGGAGGAGCCCAUGGCAAGCUGCACGAUUCGUGCUGACGCGGCUUGCGGCCCCCAACACCAUCAGUUUAUGCACAGCUCUCAGAACAGGUGGCCCCUGGCACUUGGCACUGGGAUUUUUGGAGCAGAUGCUGGUAUGCAGAUUUGCUCACAACCGAAUUUGUUGCAACGCAGCGAUAGACAUUUGCCGUCAGCAUGGACGAUGGCAAGAAUGUUUGCAGCUGCCUUCUUCUUGGGAUGAAGACAGCAGCGGGAUUUUUGUGAGCCAUGCUUUGAUCGAAGCUGGGCUUUGGGUUCAAGCCCAAGGACGCCUUUGGCGGCUCCAGCACUUUGGUGUGGUGGCUGCCGGACUUGCUGUGAUGGGUUGCCACCAGUGGGACAUGGCACACGCGACUUUGAGGAGCUGCAUUGACGGUCGAAUUCAAGCGGACCUGGUGUCUUACAACGCGAUUCUUGCUCACCAUGGAGAUUGGGGAGCGUUGAUGGAGUUGCUGAGCGCGAUGUGCGCGCGAAGCCUGACGCCUGAUGCCGCGAGCUUCCCCAGUGCUAUGCUCGGCUGCGAGAAGGCCUCUGCCUGGCAUCAUGCCAUUCGCUUAGCAUCUUCGUCCAACGACUUGGUGACGCAAAAUGCGGCCAUCGCUGCUGCUGGGAGGGCCUUGGACUGGCGCCUCAAUGUGGAAGUUCUGGGGAACAUGCCCAGGAUUCGCCUCCAGCCAGACGUGAUCUCGUACAAUGCAACGAUCGAUGGAUGUGAAAAGUGCUGCAGGUGGUCAGUGGCCGUACAGUUGCUGGGGGACUUGCAAAGCUCAGCCGAUGAGCUCAGUUUCAAAGUUGCACUUGCUGCUUGUGAGAAAGAGCAGAUGUGGCGGCAGCUUUUGAGGGUGCUGGCAGACAUGCGCCGGUAUCAGCUGCUUCCAAGUGCCUGGACCUACGAGACCAGUGCUGAUCUUUGCGAAACUUGCUGGGUGCCUUUGCCACUUCCACACAUCCUUGAGGAGCUGCAUGAUCUUGCGCAAGGGGGGCUCCAGCGCGUAUCGAAAAAAGAUUGAGGUCACUGCACUCGGUGUCUUCCCCACAUCCUUGUGGGAAGACACCAUGGUGCCAUGGGGAAAAAAAUCGAUUUCACAGCGUAGUUUGGCGGAACUUCGAUUUAUAUUUUGCUCAUUGAUUUCACAAGCUGCUCAUGCCUUCUCUGCAAGAAACACAAGGAAUUGUCGUUGGAAUGGGA